GCCUCAGACUCGGGCCACGCUGAGGGUGCCUUCCCCCGCUGGCUGCUGCCCAGGACGCCAUGAGCCAGUCCGGGUCCAUGAGCUGCUGCCCGGGUGCCACCAACGGCAGCCUGGGCCGGUCCGACGGUAUGGCCAAGAUGAGCCCCAAGGACCUGUUUGAGCAGAGGAAGAAGUAUUCCAACUCCAACGUCAUCAUGCACGAGACCUCCCAGUACCACGUCCAGCACCUGGCCACGUUCAUCAUGGACAAGAGCGAAGCCAUCACGUCUGUGGACGACGCCAUCCGGAAGCUGGUGCAGCUGAGCUCCAAGGAGAAGAUCUGGACCCAGGAGAUGCUGCUGCGGGUGGACGGCGAGUCCCUGCGGCUGCUGGACAUCGAGUCUCAGGAGGAGCUGGAGAACUUCCCGCUGCCCACUGUGCAGCGCAGCCAGACGGUGCUGAACCAGCUGCGCUACCCGUCUGUGCUGCUGCUGGUGUGCCAGGACUCGGAGCAGAGCAAGCCCGACAUCCACUUCUUCCACUGCGACGAGGUGGAGGCAGAGCUGGUGCACGAGGACAUCGAGAGCGCGCUGGCCGACUGCCGGCUGGGCAAGAAGAUGCGGCCGCAGACCCUGAAGGGACACCAGGAGAAGAUCCGGCAGCGGCAGUCCAUCCUGCCCCCUCCGCAGGGCCCGGCGCCCAUCCCCUUCCAGCACCGUGGCGGGGACUCCCCACAGGCCAAGAACCGCGUAGGCCCGCAGGUGCCGCUCAGGGAGCCAGGCUUCCACCAUCAGGAGUCCCAGGAGGAAGAGCCGAGGGCCGUGCUGGCUCAGAAAAUAGAGAAGGAGACGCAAAUCCUCAACUGCGCCCUGGAUGACAUUGAGUGGUUUGUGGCCCGGCUGCAGAAGGCGGCAGAGGCUUUCAAGCAGCUGAACCAGCGGAAGAAGGGGAAGAAGAAGGGCAAGAAGGGGCCAGCAGAGGGUGUCCUCACGCUGCGGGCACGGCCCCCCUCUGAGGUCGAGUUUGUGGACUGCUUCCAAAAAACCAAGCUGGCAAUCAACCUGCUGGCCAAGCUGCAGAAGCACAUUCAGAACCCCAGCGCAGCGGAGCUUGUGCACUUCCUGUUCGGGCCUCUGGACCUGGUGCCUGGGGCUGGGGCGGGUCGGGGUAGCGGGUGCCCCUGUGGGGGUCUCCCUAGCCCCACGUCCAGCUCAGGCUGCCCACCUUCCCCACAGGUGCAUCCAGUGAGCCGACAGACCACACGAAAUUCCCAGAAGCACAGUCUCGCUUCAGAGGCCACACCCCCAGGGGAUGCACUACCACCAGUCAGCUCCCCACAUGCUCACAGGGGCUGCCAACCAACACCAGCCAUGGCCAAGUACGUCAAGAUCCUGUACGACUUCACAGCACGAAACGCCAAUGAGCUGUCGGUGCUCAAGGAUGAGGUCCUAGAGGUGCUGGAGGACGGGAGGCAGUGGUGGAAGCUGCGCAGCCGCAGCGGCCAGGCGGGGUACGUGCCCUGCAACAUCCUGGGCGAGGCGAGGCCGGAGGACGCCCCGUUCGAGCAGACCAGCCAGCAGUACUGGGGCCCCGCCAGCCCGACCCGCAAGCUGCCCCCAAGCUUCCCGGGGAACAAAGACGAGCUGAUGCAGCACAUGGACGAGGUCAACGACGAACUCAUCCGGAAAAUCAGCCACAUUAGGACGCAGCCGCCGCGGCACUUCCGCGUGGAGCGCAGCCAGCCGGUGACCCAGCCGCUCACCUACGAGUCGGGCCCCGACGAGGUCCGCGCCUGGCUGGAAGCCAAGGCCUUCAGUGCGCGGAUCGUGGAGAACCUGGGCAUCCUGACCGGGCCGCAGCUCUUCUCCCUCAACAAAGAGGAGCUCAAGAAGGUGUGCGGGGAGGAGGGCGCUCGCGUGUACAGCCAGCUCAUGGUGCAGAAGGCCUUCCUGGAGGAGAAGCAGCAAAGCGGGUCUGAGCUGGAAGAACUCAUGAACAAGUUUCAUUCCAUGAAUCAGAGGAGGGGGGAGGACAGCUAGACCCUGCUGCGGCGGGCGGGGCCUGCCAGAGGGGAAGCCCACCCGCAGUGCAUGGAGUACUGUUUUUAUAUGUGUAUGUAUUUUGUACCAAGGACACGGAGGGGGUGUGGUGCUGGCCUGGGUCCCUGCCCCUGUCAGAAGGCACAAGGCCCGUCCUUGGGCCCAGCAGUGCCCAAGGCCCAGCCCGCACCAAGGCCAAUCUCAGCCAAACCUGUCGCCCAGUGGUGCCAGCCCCUUGUCCACCUUCCCAAGACCACAGAACUCCCUGGGGUGGGGCCUGUCCGUGGCCUCCCCAGUACACCUGUGAGGUCGAGACCCCUCUGAUGCUCCCCCAUCUCCACCCCCUUCCACAUCCACCACACCCCAGGGUGGGCUGGCAGGUCUGGCAGGGCUGAGCCCCACACACACACAGGGUUCUGCUCCUUGAGGGGGGCCUGGGAGGGGCUCCAGCAGGCCAUGCCUGCCUUGGAGGGGGAAUGCUACAUGCUUCACCUGCAUGGGUGAGAAUGCAGGGGACACAGCCGGCCUCAGACACCCUCAGAGCUCACCCUCACAGGCCCAGGACUAGAGCUUCCUCUGGCCAGGUUCCAGGCCAAGGAUCCCUGCAUGGUGUUGGGGUGCUGGUGGGUCCUGGUGCCUGGACUUGAGUCUCACCCUAGAGCUAGGAGGUGGCCGAGGCACCAGGGCUAAGCGAUUAAACCAGUAAAGUCUCCAGGA